AAAAACCUAACGAUUCGUUUAUUUCUCGAGAUCUCGUUUCACAAGAUUCGCAAUCGAACCCUUCCUUGAGGAUUCACAUACAAACGGAACCUGUUGGCCGGCAUUCGGAUCUUGUAUUUCGAAAUCGUUUCAAGUUCAUCCUGAGACGCUCUCAAGUAGUCGAUAAAACGAUCCGUACAGCAUCUUGAAUCGAACUCGAGACGAAAAAAAACAAAAUCAAAUACAAAAUCGGACUGUGAAUGCCGGCCUUAAGACCCGCAUCGCAUCGCGAAAUCUUGAACGAAUUGGAAUUCGACCAAUCAGAGCAAAGAUUGCGAAUCCGUGGUCUGAUACUUACGUUUAAAAUGCGCUUAGUGUGGAUCGCGGUGUGAUAUAUAGUUCGGACUCGUCGAACUCGCACCGGUUCCUGAUUUCCAUUCUUAAAGCGCGUCGCGCGACGAGCACUCGGGGGUGUCGUGCGGGACGGUUAGACUCGUGUACGAGUUUUGAACCGUGUCAUCAACCGGCGUGGUCGUCUCCAUGUGUUAAUGUGUGUUACACCGGAAUAAACUUUGUUUCUUAAGUGGUAAUAAAGCGAGGAGAGAGAAAACAAAAUUCUAUCGUUAAGGAACAAAAUAUUGCUAUCGAGAAACGCGAAAUUUUAUAAAUUCGAUUGAAACAAUUGUUAAAUUUUAGAAAUAUAGGAGAGAACUUGUAGAAUUCUCAAAACAAAGUUUCGGUAUUAUGGUAAUGUUUUUUGUAUGAGUAUCAUAAACACACGUGGAAGAGGUCAAAGCAGCAUUGCGCUAAGUAUACAUUACACAUACACAUACACAUAUCUGUAGAAGAGAUUCAUAAGAACAAAAUGACAAGUGAUACCGAUGCAGAAUUAUUGAAACUUUCAUUUGAAAAAACAAAAAAACACUUGAAGAAAUAUUGACUUUUUGCGAAGAUAUUCGAUUUUAAAUUCGCGCGAGUUUCACAGACAUCCAGUCUGUCCGACUUAGAAGAUCAGUACGUACAUGAGACUUGGGAGUCACCCGCCGAUAUCAUAAUGUCAUAUCAAUACACACAAGUAGACAUGUUCUCGCAACAGAUGCCCAAAGAUGACAAGUAUCUGAUGUCUCUAUCAAUUUAUGAUGAACACAAUGUUUUUUUGGGAGCUACUACCAUGAACGAAAACAGAUGGACUGGUUUGUUCUAUUAUUACACAAAUCUUCCUAACUCUAAGAAAGACAAUAUUGCCACAACAAUCGAGAUGUGUUCUGGUGUUAGUGAAAUUCUUGUUUUGGACCAAAAUAGAUUUGUUGUUUCAAACGAUGACAGUGAGAUACACCUUUAUCGAAUAGAACCAACAGAAGAUGAGAAACCAGAUCUCUAUCAAGUACAAUAUCGCUCUCAAGAGAACAGUAUUCUAACAAUGUCUUAUUUUACUACAAGCAACAAACUUAUCACAGGGGGAUUAGAUUGUAGCAUAAGAAUCUGGGAUAUGAAUGAUGAUUUCAAUCUGACACACAAUUAUGCUAAUGCACACACGUAUUCCGUCACUUGUGUGGCUGUAGAUCCCAGAGGCGAUUUGAGAUUCGCGAGUACCUCUGUAGAUGGUGACGCAAUAAUUUGGGACAUCAAAGAUUCUCGCCCCGCAACAUAUAUAGAUACCAAACUAGCUUGCGAAUUAAAUGCGGUAAGUUGGAAGAUCUCUUCCGAUCCUGUUAUAGCGAUAGGAGCGGAUGACGGUACUGUCAUGGAAUUUGAUUUAAGAAAUACACAAAAUGCGUUAUAUGAACAUACUGCAUGUAGCAGAGGUAUAUCUAAGUUGCUGUACAAUCUGAAUCCAGAAUGUGCACACCAACUAGCAUGUGCGUCCUACGACACAACUGUGAAAGUUUUUGAUAACGAGCUACAAAUCAAACUGAACGAUGAGCAGCAUUCUGACUUCGUAACUGGACUCGCAUGGUGCAAAAAUUACCUGUACUCAUGUGCUUGGGACGGAAAUUUGUUAAAACACGAAAUAGCAAUCGAAUCGAUUGAUGACGAUGAAAGUGAUUAAAAUUAAUAUUGUGUACAUAUUAUUUAUUUGUGUACAUAUAUCAAAUGUUAACAGUGCAUUAUUUUUUCUA